UUAUGAUCCAUCUUCUCGUGCGUUUGGCACGUAGAUUCGCGAAUCCGCGGAAUUUCAGCUGAUUUUUAUCAAUUUCAUCGUGAUCCGCGUUAUCGCGCGUGUACGGAUUCUCGAUCGUUCCUCCGUCGGCGAUCCCGUGACCGUUCCGAAGUGGCCACGACCGUGACGACCGAAUAGUGAAAAAUGACAUAAAUCCAUGGUGUCCGUGUUCCUGCAGAAACGAGGGAGGGGGAGAGGAAGAGAGAUGUGUCGAUGGAUGAAUUACUACAAUUUGCUUAAUAGCUAAUAGACUACUCGAUUUCAGUUUUCUUUCCCCUCUCUUUGCAUUCUCGUUUGAUUUUCGUCGCGAGCGUUCUGUGUUCGGCGAACACGGGGCGAUAAAGGGAAGCGGGGACGCGCGAUGGUGCGGAUCACGUAGGAAAUAAGCCAGAUGUGACGGCUAACCAGGAACCCCGGACCUUGCGCACCAAAGUCCGGCGCUCUAGCCACAUCUCUCGCGAACACCGUGCGUCUAGACUGAAAAAAAAAAAUUCGUCUGGUAUGCUUUUCACGAGACGUUCACGAUGCCCACAUAUGCGACGAUACUGCCAUAUCUCAUCUUAGGAUUGUUAGGACCUACUUUAGGACACGAUGUCAAAGGUUCUUCGGUAUGUGAAUUUUAUAAUGAAACACUAUGCACAGAAUCCCAGCAGGAAUGUUCAGGGAGGGAAGAGUGUGGUCCACAUGACCCAGGGAAAAGAAAUCAUUGUUAUGUGUUGUGGCAAAUUGACAAUGUCACUAAAAAGUCUAUAAUUAAAUUGAAGGGAUGUUUUUUGGAUAGUAAUGACUGCUAUGAUAGGCCACAUUGCAUUGAGAACAGUGCAGAGAGAAAGAAGGAAUUAUUCUUCUGUUGUUGCGAUGGCAACAUGUGUAAUCAGAAUUUUACAUGGGACCCUCACCCUACAUCCUCCUCCAAACCUAUCCAACCUUCUGUUAUUCAUGAAUCAGAACCCGUUCCAAACACAGAACAACAAAUAAUCACACUUGUUUUAUCAGUAUCCAUACCCAUGCUCCUCCUUGCUAUUAUUUUACCAUUUUUGUAUUGGUGCUACCGACGUAGGAAGUUGGGAUAUUUCAACGAGGUUUGGAAGACAUAUGUACCGACGUUAGAACCUCUUCCGUUACCACAACCAUCUCCCAAUUUAGGACUGCGGCCGAUUCAGCUUCUGGAAAUCAAAGCACGCGGCCGUUUCGGGGCAGUUUGGAAGGCGCAGUUGAAAAACGAGAUCGUUGCUGUUAAGGUGUUCCCGAUACAGGACAAGCAGUCAUGGCAAACGGAACAAGAGAUUUUCAAGCUUGCACACAUGGAUCAUGAAGAUAUAUUACGUUUUAUAGGCGUUGAGAAGAGGGGAGACAAUUUGCAAGCUGAAUUCUGGUUGAUCACUGCUUACCACGAGAAAGGUUCAUUGUGCGAUUAUUUGAAAGCAAAUGUUGUCACAUGGCCCGAGAUGUGUAGAAUAGCAGAGUCCAUGGCUAGAGGUCUGAUGCAUCUACACGAAGAGAUACCAGCUAACAAAAUAGAUGGUUAUAAACCUGCUGUGGCUCAUAGAGAUUUUAAGUCAAAAAAUGUUUUACUGAAAGCUGACAUGAGUGCCUGCAUAGCAGAUUUUGGUCUAGCAUUGAUAUUCCAUCCUGGGAAACCUUGUGGCGAUACACAUGGACAGGUUGGAACAAGGAGGUACAUGGCACCAGAAGUUUUGGAAGGUGCAAUUAAUUUUACACGAGAUUCGUUCUUACGAAUCGACAUGUAUGCUUGCGGUCUUGUGCUCUGGGAACUAGCUUCACGAUGCACUGUACAAGAUGGACCAAUCGGGGAGUACAGAUUACCAUUCGAAGAUGAAGUGGGUCUUCAUCCAACAUUGGAGGAUAUGCAGGAAAGUGUUGUGCACAAGAAAGAAAGGCCACUUAUUUUGGAAACGUGGCGUAAACACCCUGGACUUCAAUCAAUAUGUGAUACAAUGGAAGAGUGUUGGGAUCACGACGCUGAAGCGCGUCUUUCAGCUUCUUGUGUAAUGGAAAGAGUUGCUACAUUGAGUAGGACGCUUGUUUUAAAUUCGUCGACGUUAAUAAGAGUUGAUAAUACCAACGAGACUAUCACCACUAAGGAAUCUAGUAUGUAGUUAAUCUACGUGUAUUAUAGCUUUUGUUACAUUGCACAACCAUUUUCUGUAUCAUAAAAUAUUUUUACCUAUACAUCAAUGAGGAAUGUAAAAUAUUGCAUAUCGUUUUAUAACAAUUCUUUUUUUAACAAUUCUGCGUUUCAAAAUGACAUAAAAUAUGGAGUAAAAGUACUAUUACGGGAACAGUUUUUUCUUAAUUACUAUUUUAUAGAUGUUAUUUCGAUGUUACAACAUAUAUCGUUUACAUUUAGAAUAUUUUCAUAUGAAUCUCUAACGUUACUUGGAUUUUGUAAUUAGAGUUACAUACCAGGUAUUUAGUUUGUUGUGUAUUAAUAUUUUUUUAAAUUAAUGGUAUGAUAUAUACGGAAUCGGAUCAUAUGAAUAAAAAAUGGUACAUGAAUUAUCGAUUAAUAAUGUUUCUAGCAAUCUCAGUGUCUUAAAAUGUUACUGUUUCUUUUUCUUUUUUAGUAGAAAAUUAAUUCCAGUUCAGUGCAUGAAACAAAUAUUCUGUCAAACUUUUAAUCCAGAACUAUCUCCUUUUAAUAUGGGACAAUCACAUUCCCCAUUGAUGUAAGGCAACCAUACAAUGAUUGUUCAGAGAUAACAAGAUGGAUAAAAAAAAAA